ACGUCGUUCCUGCGGUAGACAGGUAGCGACAGGCCUGUAAAAUGCCGGAACCAGCUAAAUCUGCUCCUGCUCCGAAGAAGGGCUCCAAGAAAGCCGUCACCAAGACGCAGAAGAAGGGUGACAAGAAACGUAGAAAGACUAGGAAGGAGAGCUACUCGAUCUACGUGUACAAGGUGCUGAAGCAGGUGCACCCUGACACGGGCAUCUCGUCCAAGGCCAUGGGCAUCAUGAACUCCUUCGUCAACGACAUCUUCGAGCGCAUCGCCGGCGAGGCCUCGCGCCUGGCGCACUACAACAAGCGCUCCACCAUCACCUCGCGGGAGAUCCAGACGGCCGUGCGGCUCCUGCUGCCCGGCGAGCUGGCCAAGCACGCCGUCUCCGAGGGCACCAAGGCUGUCACCAAGUACACCAGCUCCAAGUAAAUCUCUGGAAGAUCGUCUAACCCAAAGGCUCUUUUAAGAGCCACCCACAUUUUCAGUAAAAGAGUCGUUCAC